UUGAUCUAAGAGUGAAGACCCCCAAAGAAAUGGCGAUGAGUUUCAAAGUGAAGCCUAUACUGGCGAUGAUGUUGGUGUUUAUAUGUUGUUGUUUGAAUGUGGUGCUGUUAGAAAAGAUGGUGAAAGAGUCUCCUAACUGCACUGUUUUCGUCACUUUCUCAAGUUACAUAUUCAUAGUGCUGCAGGGAAUUAUCUUGAACCCGGAAUUUCUGUUUAACAACCAGAUCCCUGCUCGAAACUACCUUAUCAUCACUAUUCUCUUCUUCUCAACAAACCUCUGCAACAACGUAGCUCUCAGUUUCCAGGUGGACAUGCCCACAGUGGUGAUAAUAAGGUCCGGGUCCCUAGUGGCUAACAUGAUAGUUUCUAUUAUAGCAUUCCGCAGACACUACACCCUCUCCAAAUACCUGAGCGUUGCCACGGUAACACUGGGAGUUCUAAUCUCCACCACCACCACCGCCAAACUCAAGUCCUCAGGUGAGAGUGGUGACAUUAACACUUGGUUCAUUGGUCUCCUUAUGUUGGGGUACGGUCUCUUUGGAUCUGCCACAACCGGCGUGUUCCAGGAGAAACUGUUUGCAAAGUUUGGGAAACAUCCUAAAGAAGCUCUGUUUUACAGCAACUUAUUGGGCAUUGUCGGGUUUGUGCCCAACUACGGGAAUAUCCUCAACACCAUCACGGAGUUCAACAACUCUCCUGAUCUCGCAGGAAUCCCGAGUCUGUGGGUCUAUUGUCUGCUGAAUGUGGGAAUGCAGAAUAUUUGCGUGAGAAGUGUUUACUACCUUCUCUCCGAGUGGACCUCUUUAUCGGUUACUCUGGUUACCACACUCCGCAAGUUUCUCAGUCUACUUCUUUCCAUAGUUUUAUUUAAUAACACGUUCACUACAGAACACUGGAUCUCGACUGUUCUGGUUUUCAGUGGCUCUGCUCUUUUCUCCGGUCUUAUUUCUCUACCGGGGGAGGCGGCUUUAGAGCGGGUGCUAAGAGGCACAUUUAGAGUAAGGGAACAGCGUCCUUUACCACUCUGAUGUGGAAUGGUUUAGUUUUGCGAUCUUAGAGCAACAAGAUUUAAAUAAAUGACAGUACCUGAGAGUUUAUUAAAAUUAAACUUAAAGUACUAAUUUUGUCUUGUUUUACGUUUUAUUUCCGUUGGGGGAAGAGGGUUGCAGAAGUGUUAUUUCAGGGAUCGUUCACUGUGAAGUGGGUUUGAUUAAGCUAGUGUAAUUUAACACAAAAGCCAUGUGUAAAGCUGAUUAAAACUUGGACGCCGAAGCCGCCUUAAGGGGGAAGUUUAAGUUGACCAAAAAGUGAUGACGUAAUAAUAUGUGAACGACCUCUUAUCUACAAUCAAAAUUGAUAUCAUAAUAAGUUUGAAAAAGAUUAGGAUUUUUGUUGACGUCAGCAAAGCUUUGCCCGAUGGCCAUGGCCUGGCCCUUCCAGUUCCAUCUUCCCAACUUUGUCAUUUGUUGAAUUUCGACUCAACGUAGCUGUAAUUUGUUUGAAUUAAAAUGUUUGGAACUAAAUUUCUUCUGGAAUUUAUUGUUGUUUUUAAAAAGCUUUAAAUCCUAUUUCUAGGCUUAUUAUGAUUAUAAUGAAUCACAUGUGCUAUUUCAUGUUUUAUUUUAAUCCAGACGUAUAAUAUAUUAUAUUAUGACUUUUUUUGUUUUACUAUUUCAUAUUUACAAAUAUUUUAAGUUUAUUUAACGAACAUAUUCGUAAAAUGCAUUUAUGACACGGAUAUUCAAUUUUAAGUGUAUUUCAGCCGAUAUUGGUUUUUAAAUCCUUAUCUUGUGUAUUAGUACCUAAAGUAGUAUUAAAACCUACUUUAAAGAUAUAAUAGAUGUAAUUAAAUUAUGUCAUUUUGAUUUUUGCUUUAAAAUUACGAGAAUUGCAUUGUUUGUUGAUUUGACAUUAAUUUAGAAUUUAUUACACUUGAGAAAAUAUUUUAUUUAUUGGGAAUAUUAUACAGUAUGUAGAAACGCACUAUAUUUAUGGCCAGUUAUAUCUUCAUUUAUACGUGGCUGGACAGUUGGUGGCAACUAAUUCUGGUCACUUCUUGAUCGUUAUUCAUGCACUGCGUUCAUGAUUAUGAUAAAAUUGAAAUUGAAUGUGUAUUUUUAUUAUCUUUUAAUUUAGAAUUCACCCAAAAGUAAAGACUGAAACAAUAAAUAUGAAAAUUUCGUAUGUCUUACAACUCAGCUUCAGUCGGUUUGUCAUGACAAGAAAUGUUUGAUACAUUUUAGAAAGUUCCUUUUUUUAGGAUAACCAUUCUAUUCGAUUUUCGCAGUUAAAGAAUAUUACUGUUAUUGAAAAGAUUAAUUUUUAAGUAGCUAUAUAGCAUCUACUUAACUUAUAUCAUGUAUAUUGUCAUCGACAAAAUACGAUAUUUUUGAACUAUCUUUUCAUCUUAAUUUUCAACCAACCUUUCCACUAUCAAUAUAUCGAAUUCAAUGAAGACACAUGUGUAUAUUCUGGAAUAUGUUAAUAUAAUAUAUUCUGGAAUAUAUUUAAUUCUUUAAGAAACGCCCGUAUUUUCGAAACAUUAAUAAAAUAAAGGAACAUAUUUUGAGCUCCUGUUUUAAUCCCAUUCUCACAUUGUUGAAAAAAUAAAAACACAGAUUGCAGAACUCAUCCAAUUUUAUAAUUAUAUUUGUUUAGUGUGAACUGAUAAACGCUGUACUGAGCUUAGAUUAGUGUAGUUUAAUUUAAUUUUUAUUAAGUUCAAUUCAGGAGUGAGUUUUAAAGAUUGGCUAAGUUAAAGUACAGUAUUUCCCCCUCUAUAAUUAACGGAUGCUUAUUUUCGCUGCUUCAAAUUUAAAGGGACGAAAAUUGUGUCCAAAAAACGCUUUGUAGUUAUAGUUGUGCAAUGUGCAGGCGGCGUAAAGAGGGGGAAUACCGUAAUCCAAUUAAUGAUGGCUUUAUGUAUCCGAAUUUGUGAUGGACGAGACUGCUGCUUGGAUAAAAUCAAGUUUGGUUUGUUUUAUUAGCCUGUCAUGACGUUCCGACGUAAAGAGAAUCGGAUGGCCGCCUACAAGAUAUAGAUCUCGAGUUACCGACAGGGUAUCUAGGCUGCACUCUGUCCCAAGCAACAUUCUGAACGAAGUCUCGGGUGUUAGAAUUACGAGUGUACUGCUGGUCGUGGAAUCUAUAAGUAUUCGGGCAGUACCGGACUUGCUUGAUGGAUUUAGGCCGUUCUAGCCGGACGCUCUCUUUGAGCCGUACAUCCGGUUCUCGAGCCCUGUAGUCGUUCAGGUAAACUGAUUUAUAGAUGUUGUUUUGCGUCCGAGUUGCUGGUGUGGCUCUCGGCCUAGCAGUCACAUUCUCGACAACUACCUCACUUUCUUCAUCGGGCUCGUCCGUGGAGAACAUGUUCGUACUGUUAGUCGGUACAUGUAUACCAUCUCGAUGCCCUGAGGGCUGGUUGGUUACAGUCAUAUCUUCCUGAAGGAAGGAAACUGAUUUCCUGGGUAUAUUCUUAUCGUGAGAGGUCCGGUGUUUUGAUUUAGCAUAGUGUAAAUAGUUUGGUCGGUUAUUAGAUGCCUGAGGUGAAGACGGAGGGUCGCUUACAAACUUUUGACCGACGAUUGCGCUGCUAGAUGCUUUGAAUUUGGGUGAACUGGGUGGGGCCGAUGCUCCAUUUGAAUGAUCAGGCGAAUCGGACCUUUGCAUUUUAGCCAUAACCUCACACACGCUGAUUCUUUGCUUCAAGUUCAUAUCCUUCUCUUUUGAACUCUGGUUCGAGCGAGAGUGCUGAUUUUCGCGAACCUGAGAAUUCCUUGGCUUCCACUUUCGAUUUUCACCCUGGUACAACCAUUUCUGAUUUACUGUCAUUUUCUUGGCCUUAAUGAAAUUUUCGUGAUUUAUUUCUUUCUGGUUUCCCGUAUCAUUCUCAUUCUCAUUAUUUUCUUUUUUGAUUUUAAUUUGAUCUUUGACGCAACCGGGAUCAUCAGCUGAUGUCUGCCGUUUACUGAGAGAAGAAUGUGCAGAUUUUGGUCGAUUAACCGUUGACAGGUGUUUUCCGAAUGGCUUGUGGUUCAGUUCC